GAAUGUUUAUAGUAUAGGUUUUCAAUAACACUUUGCUCCUAGCCAAAAUGCCUUAGGUGCAAAUGUGAUUAUGCGGUUGAUUUUUGUUUUAUUGUUAUAUGGAGAGGAAUAUAUUCGUGACAUAAAGAAUGACUCUCGCGGCAAAGCUUUUGUCUGGAUUAUAUUCUAAGAAAAUUUAAGAAUAGUUCUGUGCAAUUUGUCAUGAGAAAUAUAGGCAUUUACUAAAUUAAUGUUCUCUGGUUUCGUUUAUUUUUAUUUCAUAAAUGAAAAUUUGCAUAAAUAUGAAUAAAAGUAAACGAAUGAUAUGAAACCUGGAAUUAUUAAGCUAUCGCAGAGGGAUGAAACAAUUACGAUGACGAGAACAUUAAAUCCCGAUGGCUAUGAUGUAUAAUAUUGACACAAGGGCAACGUGAUCAAAUAGUUCUGCUAACUUCUUGAUCCAAUAUCUUUAGAGGACGUCCUAGAAUUGGAAUUUCGAAAACCAGUGGGCAUAAUGCCUUGGAUAUUCAGUGGCGGAGAUUUUUUGUUGUUCUAACUUACAGUAUCGCGUGAAUUGUGAAUCAAUGAGAAUGACAGGGAGAUAUAAAAUUGAAUUUAUUGCAUUUGACAAACUGGUUGAAGAGUUAUGGAGAUGAAAUAAAUCUCGUGUAAUCAUUUGUUGUUUUAAAAAAAAAUAAGGAAAAAGGCAUGAAAUUCGGAGUGAUAACUUGAUGAUUUAAAAAGGAGUAAAGUAUCGGCGUAAAUAAAGAAGUGAAAUAUUGACAAUUAAAAUUAAAUGAAUAUUCAUCAAAAGAAGUGUUUUUCUACGUCAAACGGCAGAUAAAAUGUCCGUUCAAUCUAUUUCACUACAAGUACCUAAAGUGAAGAAGCGGAAAUGGGGAAAGAAACCAAAGCCUGGGGAAAGUCUGAAGAUGUUGGCAGCUGGCUCAUUAGCUUUUGCAAAAGCAUACAGCUCAGUAGAAAAGCUAGAACACGAGCUGGAAGCCGAGAUACAAAGAGAUAAAGAAAACGACCCAAAGAAAGUUAAGGGAAUUCACAAAUGGCGUCGGAAGUGUGGUAAACUGUUGCUCAGCAAAUAUAUAUUGUUGUUUAUUGUUGUACUCAACAUCAUCGAUUGCGCAUUGGUCCUUGGCGAGUUGAUACUGGAUCUGCAUCACGUAAAAGAUAUACUCUUUGAAACCCAGCAAUCUUCUGCCUCAUUUUUGGAAAGCCUGCAAACACGAUACCCAAGUCACUUCUCUGGAAUUCCUGACAGUCGAAUAGACAUGGCUUACGAAAAGAUUUUACUGGCCCAUCUUUCUUGGUCUUCUUCAUACACGAACAGCAAUGCUACCAAUUUGCACACGGCACUUGUUGGCGGGGAAAAUGGAACGGCUUUUAUGGUAAAGUCAACAUCCUCAGAUCAAAAUAUCAUCUUUAAUACCAGCUCCAAAGCAACUUUUACAAACUCAAAUGGACCAUAUGCACAGUCAAAUGAUAUUACUGACACUCAAGAAGCAAAUUCAUCUAUGCAACAAGAAGACCACGAAGAUUCCGUGCUGAGAUUGGUCGGAUAUAUUUUUCACAAGACUAGCUUAUCAAUAAGUGUGAUACUUGUAUUAUAUAUUUUACUAAAGAUUAUAUGUUUUGGUCGACAUCUUCUUGACAGGCGUUUAGAGGUAUUCGACACUUUUGUUAUAAUGACGUCCUUUGUUGUUGAUAUGAUAUUUGUGAAAGGGUUAUCAAUGUACACUCUGAAGCAGUUUGUCUAUAUACUUGCAUUUAUGCUCCCAUGGCGAGUCAUCAGGGUGACCAACAGUUUGGUUGUUGCCGUGAAGGAUCACGAGCAUUUCCGGUUAAAGAUGUUAUUUACACAAAAGAAAAAGAUAGAGCAUGAAAACAAGCAGAUACGAAUUGAUCGUGAUAAUUACAAGGAGCAAGUUGAAGCACUGAAGAAACUAUGUCUUAGUGAGGGAAUAGAUGACUGGAAGAUAUUUCAGAGCCUAGCAAGGCAGCGACCAGGCGGUAAGGGUGCGAUGGGUUCUUUUGCUAGUCUUGCUUUUGGAGCGUUUGGCAACAAAUCAACUAGUUUUUGGUCAGUUUUGGGCACUCCUAAAAUGCGGCGAGGAAAGUCCAUGGACCUAGUUGAUAAUAAAGUAAACAGCGUUGAUUAUCAGACGAACACAAAACGUCAUAGUAAAGGCAAGAUUUUAUCCUUUCUUGGCUCAUCUGCUGAGUUUUUCAGCAAGAAACGUAAAAAUGGUCAUCAUACUUCUCUAGACAGUGACCCAGGUAUAGCUUCUAGUUUUCUUAAGCAUAAUGCGGCGAUCCAUCAAAACGGACAUAUAGGUAAAAGACUAGUACGAGGGGAAACUAUUGAUACUUUGUCAACAGACUCAAUGGACGGUCUAAAUGACAAAACUGCUGGUGAAACUGCUGAAGAUUAUUCUAAACAAGGAACAGUUGAUUCUAGUGUAUUUGGAGAAGAAACAGGUUCCGUGUCUCAUAUUGAUGCAACUGACAUUGAAUUAGCAUCUAUGCAAAGAACACAAAGUGAUGUUACACCAUGCAGACCUUUUCUUUGUCGAGGCGAUAGAGUAAAGGAAGAAACUGGCUCACUCGAUCGACCAAGAAGCGCCUCAAUAGGAGCUUCAACUCAUAAUCGUCUCACUGUGGACCAUCAUGCAGUGUUUUAUUCUGUUAGCUCAAAUGAAUCCAUGUAUAGCAAGAAAGAAGACGUUUGACUAUAAGAAACGUCAGGGAAUUUUGUAUGACUAAUUGUCAUAUAUAUGUAUUUGUUUGAUUGCUAUUAUCCUUUAACAAAUGAAAAGAUGAUAUGAAUAGAAAGUUAAUUCUCUAAAAGUUUUAUCCUCGGAAUGAUACUGGCAGUGAACAUAGCUGUAGCACAAGUAGGGAAAGUUUGGCAAAGCGGGUUUCGAAAAUUUAGCUUGACAUUUACAUGUUUGAAAAUGUCUAUCAAAAAUUGCUCGUAUUUUUAUAAACUGAUUUGGAAAGAAAGUCGGCCGAAGCGUGUUUUCAAUACAACAACUACCAUUUAUUUUGUUUAAACUGACCAUUAAAAUACUUGGGUAUUGACAAACUGAAACGAAAUUUUCUAACAGUUCUUAUGUCAAUAUGGGUUCGUUUGAAAUCCUGCUAUUUUAGUUGGUACUACUUUUUCAAGCAUUUCCUUCCUGCUAUACAUUUAAUGAUUUAAGAGGAUAUGUUGCAUGCUCUAUCUCCUAUUUAGAUUAUUUUUGUAUAAACCUUCAAUUAUGCUGAAACUUACAUUGAGAGAUGAAAAUGACUCGACUGAUCUACAAUGUAUGAAUAUGCAUUAAUACUGUUGCCUGUUAUUUUGAUUGUAUAUAUUGCUUUAAAAUUGUACAUAAAAUUCGUGUUUAUAUAUAGAAUAUUUACAGCCGUAUAUGUGAUGUUUAUAACGUCCUACUACUCAGGAAAGGUCCAGCAUGACUCAACAGUUUACUGAACUUUUUCGGAAGUAGUAAGACGAUGGAAUUCCUUUGCUCAUUAUCUCAAGAAACAAACUGUAAUUUUGUUAGUGGAUCUACAUUACGGGUGCAUUUUACAAAAUGUUGACCCCCUAAAACAUGUAACAGUAAUUGCUACAAUGUAUACAUGUUAAUAGUUACAAAAGUUACGUUUCUACCCAUUCAGGGACAAUAACUGCAUUGUAAAUGAGUUUGUUGGAUUUGUUUAUUAGCACAGUCGCACUUUCCGUUUGAUGGUUUGAGAAGUUUGGCAUCUUGGUAGAACCAUUGACCUUCCAUUAGCAAACUUAUGGUUUCUUUUACAUGAAAGAAAUGUACAAUGGAACAUGCAGCGGUAAUGUGCAUACAUGACUUUAAAUACUCGGUUUCGGGGGCUUCUGCCAUGUAAACAUGGCAAAUGGUUAGAUAAAUAUUUUGUGAAACAUUUUCUGAUGAAAAACACAGGUACACAACAGACCAACUUUAUAAGAAACCGGAUGAAGAAUGUGCCUUUAAAUUUAAAUGGCGAUACCUUCGUUCUAAAUAAAAAUAUUCUGACUGGAAUACAAAGUUGUUUCUCACAACAUUGACAUAGGGAAGCAGCUAUGAGUGAACGCAAACAUACAGCCUCACCUGUUGAACGACGGACGGACGGACGGUUAGACAGAGAGACAUACAUGCGGAAAAGCCGAAACCUGUCCGAAUCAUAAAACAUUAUAAUAUAUACUUGUGAUAUGAAGACGCGCUCCGAAUGAAAUACGACAAUAUAACCGAUAAAAUUGUUUUACCAACAAAACUGGGUAAUGCUUGAGCUGAGGUUGUCCUUGAAUUUUGGAUAGUUUCAACGCUUGAAAUAAUUUCAUAAUAUUUAAUACUAAAACUUAGUUAAUUUGUCAACUAAUAAAAUGAUUCUUAGGAUAAUGCUUUUGAAUUACAGUUAAACCAGCCUGAGCGGGUACCUAUAUUAAGCAGCCACUUGCCUUAAGCAGCCAGUCAGCUUACUUCCCAAAUUGACUUUCUGUUUUAAUUUCAACCUCUCUUAAGCAGCCACCAGCCUUUAGCAGCCAGAUUAUGCUGCUCCAUUGGCUGGCUGCUUAACACAGGUUUGACUGUAUUAAGUUUGCGGAAAAGAUAGGUUUAGAUGGUUUAAAUAAUAUUGUCAAAAUAUUUUGUUAAUUUUAUGAUAGUUUCAUAUGUUUUGAUAGUAAAAUGAUCUGCAUAAGCGUCCUUCACUCUUUUUUUAAAAAAAAAAUAUAGCGUUUGCUUUAUACAUGAUUUGCUUCUUUGAUGUCUUGCUAUAUACAAAUAUUUUACAUUUGUUAACGGGUGAAUAUGUUGAGAACUUUUAAAGGAUUAUUUCUUAAAUUAGUACCAUCUCAGUACUGCAUCAACAUGUAUGAAAUCAUUUUGAUUUGAAAAAUAAACAAUUAUUUU